AUGACAGCAAAUAAAUCGCAUACAAUUGUUGAAAGUGUUAUAGAAAAAGUUGAUUGCAUUUAUGAACGUUUACGCGAUCAAGUAAUUCGUAUGGGAACAUCGACAGGAUCAGAAUCUCAUAUAUUUUUUGUUUUUGGUGCAUCUGGUGAUUUAGCUAAGAAAAAGAUUUAUCCAACACUCUGGUGGUUGUAUCGUGAUGGAUUUAUACCAGAAGGUACACAUUUUAUUGGCUAUGCACGUAGUCAAAUAACAACAGAAAAAAUAUUUGAAAAUGCUGCAAAAUAUAUGAAAGUAAAAGAUAAUGAACAUGAUCUAUAUGAAAAAUUUGUGAAACUUAAUUCGUAUGUUGCUGGUUCAUAUGAUAAAGAUGAAGAUUUUAAACAUUUAACAAAUGAAGCUAAUCAAAUAUCGAAUCAAGAGAGUGCACAUCGAUUAUUUUAUUUAGCAUUACCGCCGAGUGUUUACGGAAGUGUAUCUGAGUUGAUUAGUAAACAUUGUCGACCAAAAUCACCUGGUUGGAUGCGUUUAAUUGUUGAGAAACCAUUUGGAAAAGAUCUUGAAAGCUCAAAUAAAUUAUCUGAACAUUUAAAUAAAUUCUAUACGGAAGAAGAAAUCUAUCGUAUUGAUCAUUAUUUAGGAAAAGAAAUGCUGUUAAUAUUAUUUUUUAAAGAAGAUAUUGGUACACAAGGAAGAGGCGGAUAUUUUGAUGAAUUUGGAAUUAUUCGAGAUGUUAUACAAAAUCACCUAAUGCAAAUUUUAUCUAUUGUUGCAAUGGAAAAACCACGUUCAACGAAAGGUGAAGAUAUUCGUGAUGAAAAAGUGAAAGUAUUACGUUGUAUAGCUCCAAUAAAACCAGAAGAUGUUGUUAUUGGACAAUAUACUGGUGAUAAAAAUUCAAAAGACCCAGAACGUCAACAAGGAUAUUUAGAUGAUAAAGGUGUACCAAAAGAUUCAACUACACCAACGUUCGCACAAGUCGUGAUUUUUAUUAAUAAUGAACGUUGGGCUGGUGUACCAUUUAUUCUUCGAGCAGGUAAAGCAUUAAAUGAGAAGAAAGCUGAAAUACGUAUACAAUUUCGUAGUACACCUGGUGGAAUGUUUGAUGAUGAUAAUCAUGGAAGUGAUCCAAAUGGUAAAUUAGCUCGUGAUGAACUUGUUAUACGUGUUCAACCAAAUGAAGCUAUUUAUCUUAAAUUAAAUACAAAACGACCUGGUGAAAUGGGUUUUAGUAUAGAAGAAACUGAAUUAGAUUUAACGUAUGGUAAUCGUUAUAAAGGUGUUAAAUUACCUGAUGCAUAUGAACGUUUAAUACUUGAUGUAUUUAUGGGUUCAAAAAUAAAUUUUGUACGUUCAGAUGAAUUAGAACAAGCAUGGCGUAUUGUUGAUCCGAUACUUGAAGAAAUUGAUAAGAAAAAAAUUCCAGUUAUUCCAUAUACAUUUGGUAGUAAUGGAUUAAAUGAAGCAUUUGAUGCUGCUAGAAAACAUGGUUAUAUUUUUCGUGGUACUUAUGUUUGGAAAGAUGAACGAUCUUCAUCAGAAACAAAUAAAGAAGUAACAAAAGUUGAAGAUAAAAAAUAA